ACCAACAGUCAUUAGCGGACAACCCUACUGUAACAAACUAUGCUUUAAAAUGUAAACUGUGGGGCAUUUUCCUUGCGUUGUCCAGAGGGAAACUUCUCCUGCUUGAGCCUGGAUUAACCAUGAGAGAGCUCGUCAACAUUCCACUGGUACAUAUUCUCACCCUGGUUGCCUUCAGCGGGACUGAGAAACUUCCAAAAGCUCCUGUCAUCACCACUCCUCUUGAAACUGUGGAUGCCUUAGUCGAAGAAGUGGCUACUUUCAUGUGUGCAGUGGAAUCCUAUCCUCAGCCCGAGAUUUCCUGGACCAGAAAUAAAAUUCUCAUCAAGCUCUUUGACACACGCUACAGCAUCCGGGAGAAUGGGCAGCUCCUCACCAUCCUGAGCGUGGAGGACAGCGAUGACGGCAUUUACUGCUGCGUGGCCAACAACGGCGUGGGAGGAGCUGCCGAGAGCUGCGGGGCCCUGCAAGUGAAGAUGAAACCUAAAAUAACUCGUCCUCCCAUAAAUGUAAAAAUAAUAGAGGGAUUAAAGGCAGUUCUACCAUGUACUACAAUGGGCAAUCCCAAGCCAUCCGUAUCCUGGAUCAAGGGGGACAGUGCUCUCAGGGAAAAUUCCCGUGUGGCAGUUCUUGAAUCUGGGAGUUUAAGGAUUCAUAAUGUGCAAAAGGAAGACGCAGGACAGUAUCGAUGUGUGGCAAAAAACAGCCUCGGGACCGCGUAUUCCAAACUGGUGAAGCUGGAAGUCGAGGUUUUUGCCAGAAUCCUGCGGGCUCCUGAAUCCCACAAUGUCUCCUUUGGCUCCUUUGUGACCCUGCGCUGUACAGCAACAGGCAUCCCUGUCCCCACUAUCAGCUGGAUUGAAAAUGGAAAUGCUGUUUCUUCUGGGUCCAUUCAAGAGAGUGUGAAAGACCGAGUGAUUGACUCGCGGCUGCAGCUGUUUAUCACCAAGCCAGGUCUCUACACAUGCAUAGCUACCAAUAGACAUGGAGAGAAAUUCAGUACAGCGAAGGCUGCUGCCACCAUCAGUGUAUCAGAAUGGAGUAAACCACAGAAAGAUUACAAAGGCUACUGCGCCCAGUACAGAGGGGAGGUGUGCGAUGCAGUCCUGGCAAAAGAUGCUCUUGUGUUUUUCAACACCUCCUACGCGGACCCCGAGGAGGCCCAGGAGCUACUGGUUCACACAGCAUGGAAUGAACUGAAAGCCAUGAGCCCACUCUGCCGGCAGGCUGCAGAGGCUCUGCUGUGCAGCCACGUUUUCCCAGAGUGCAGUCCUGGGGGAGUGCCUACUCCCACCCCCAUUUGCAGAGAGUACUGCUUGGCAGUAAAGGAGCUCUUCUGUGCAAAAGAAUGGCUGAUGAUGGAAGAAAAGACCCACAGAGGACUCUACAGAUCCGGGAUGCAUCUGCUCUCUGUGCCAGACUGCAGCAAGCUUCCCAGCAUGCACUGGGAUCCCAAGGCCUGUACCAGACUGCCAUAUUUAGAUUAUAAAAAAGAAAACCUAACAACAUUCCCACCAAUGACGUCCUCAAAGCCGAGUGUGGACAUUCCCAAUUUGCCUUCUUCCUCAUCUUCUUCCUUCUCUGUCUCACCUACGUACUCCAUGACUGUAAUAAUCUCCAUCAUGUCCAGUUUUGCAGUAUUUGUGCUUCUUACAAUAACUACUCUUUAUUGCUGCCGAAGAAGAAAAGAAUGGAAAAAUAAGAAAAGAGAAGCAGCAGCAGUAACCCUCACCACACUGCCUUCUGAGCUCCUCCUAGACAGGCUGCAUCCUAACCCCAUGUACCAGAGGAUGCCACUCCUUCUGAAUCCCAAAUUGCUCAGUCUGGAGUAUCCAAGGAAUAACAUUGAAUAUGUGAGAGAUAUUGGAGAGGGAGCAUUUGGAAGGGUCUUUCAAGCAAGGGCUCCUGGCCUACUUCCCUACGAACCUUUCACUAUGGUGGCAGUAAAGAUGCUCAAAGAAGAAGCCUCAGCAGAUAUGCAGGCGGAUUUUCAGAGGGAGGCCGCUCUCAUGGCAGAAUUCGACAACCCCAACAUCGUGAAACUCUUAGGUGUGUGUGCUAUUGGGAAGCCUAUGUGCCUGCUCUUUGAAUACAUGGCCUACGGUGACCUCAACGAGUUCCUCCGCAGCAUGUCCCCUCACACUGUCUGCAGCCUCAGUCACAGUGACCUGUCCACGAGGGCUCAGGUCUCCAGUCCAGGACCCCCACCCCUCUCCUGUGCUGAGCAGCUUUGCAUUGCCCGGCAGGUAGCAGCGGGCAUGGCUUACCUCUCCGAGCGCAAAUUUGUCCACCGGGAUUUAGCCACCAGGAACUGCCUGGUAGGUGAGAACAUGGUGGUGAAGAUCGCAGAUUUUGGCCUCUCCAGGAACAUCUACUCAGCAGACUACUACAAAGCUAAUGAGAACGAUGCUAUCCCUAUCCGUUGGAUGCCACCAGAGUCCAUUUUCUACAACCGCUAUACCACAGAGUCAGAUGUGUGGGCCUAUGGUGUGGUCCUCUGGGAGAUCUUCUCCUAUGGCCUGCAGCCCUACUAUGGGAUGGCCCACGAGGAGGUCAUUUACUAUGUGCGGGAUGGCAACAUCCUCUCCUGCCCUGAGAACUGCCCCCUGGAGCUGUACAAUCUAAUGCGUUUGUGUUGGAGCAAGCUGCCUGCAGACAGGCCCAGUUUCCCCAGCAUCCACCGAAUUCUGGAACGCAUGUGUGAGAGGGCAGAAGGAACAGUGGGAGUGUAAGGUUGAAG